CCUGACCUGACACACCGUUUACUCCGCGAGUCUGCGCUGCUCCGCGUGGUAACGUGGAGCGUAGUAAUCGUGUUUACGUUCAUGAGUGAUCCUCUGCAGUCUUCCGAGAACGUUUGUUGGGAACAGAACGUGAUAAGGUUGUAUCAGAAUAUACGAUGGCUCAAAAUGAUCCCAGAAUCCCGGAUUUGCAGGACACAUUUACUCCUUUCGGUUUACCAUUAUCUGGAGUAUAUAAGCGAAGUUAUGCUUAUGUAACAAUCAAAGACAGAUUGCCGGUGAUAUUAACGAAAAUUAUUGAUGUACUCUGCCAGAAUAAAAGCAAAAUUAUAGAUACAUACAGUGAGAAUGCUGAAAAAGAUAUUAAAGAGAUCAUAGGAUUCAUAAGUCAACUGAAAACUGAGAUGGUUACUAACAAAGCCUUGAAACCACUGCGUUUAAAUACCAAAGUAAUUAAUGAUGCCGAGGAAUGGAAUAAAUAUCUAGAGUACAGAACAUGCGUAGAAAAUGGAGUACCCACAUGGUUCAAUACAGUGUGGUUAUAUUGCGAAUGCUAUAUGUAUCGUGUAUUAGCUCAAGAAAUUAGUUUAUUAAGUACGAUGUAUAAUUACGAUCCAUUUAAGUAUCAAAAGCAAACUGAUUUUAUUAACUCUAUUGAGUCUGUAGACUUAAUGAUCUUGUACAUAAAAGACAUACUGUGUAAUAAGGAAUAUAAUAAGGAAAACUCAAAGAAUGAUUUUCUGAAAUUUUUGAAAUUGAGCUUGUGGGGUAACAGACAUGAUCUAUCUGCAACUGCAGGAGCCCCUUCUAUUCAGACUGGUAAUCCACUUGUGAUAGUGGAGUCUUUAAACCAAAAUAUAGUAGUAAAUGAUUGGGAGGUUGUAUGGGAUAUUGUGAACAAAAAGAUGAAAGAAAACGAUAAUAUUCAUAUAGUACUUGAUAAUGCAGGAUAUGAACUGUUCACUGAUCUAUGUUUAGCAGCUUUUUUGGUUACUAUUGUACCUACGACUAAGAUAACAUUUCACGCAAAAUUAUAUCCAUGGUACGUGAGUGAUACAACUAUUAAUGAUUUUCUCUGGAUGUUAGAUUACAUGAAUACACUAAAUGAUCAUCCAGAUAUACAAUUAUUGGGUAAAACAUUCAAAAAUCUAAUGGAUCAGGAAAUUUGGUCUUUUAAGGAAGAACCUUAUUGGACAGGACCGUAUGAUUUUACACAAAUGAAAGAAAGAGGGAAAAAUAUAUAUGCUCAAUUUUCCGAUGCUAAAUUAGUAAUAUUUAAGGGUGAUCUGAAUUAUAGAAAGCUUCUGGGUGAUGUAAAUUUUGAAUACAAUAUAAGCUUUGCAGCUGCAUUGGGAAAUUUUCAACCUACAAAUAUUUUGAGUUUGCGCACCAUGAAAUCCGAUAUUUGUGUUGGAUUACCAAAUGAUAUGGCUGAAUUCUUUGAAAAACAUAAAGAUAAACUGAUAACCGGAGAAUAUGCUAUCAUUCAAGCAGCUUUGCUCAAAAUUUAAAUUACUAGAUCGUUCUGUAAAAAAUAAAAAUAAAAUCUUUAAAUUAUAAUAAUCUUUGAAUAUCUUUGAAUUAUCGAUAAUCAUAAUACUUACGUUUAUCUCUGUACAAAUAUAUAAAGUUAUA